AUGAGUACUCCACAGCAUCAACAAGCUCAAGUAGUCCCCACACAGAUAACACCGAAUAACACCACAAAAAGAGCAAGGACAGCUUAUACGAGCAACCAGCUAGUGGAACUGGAAAAGGAAUUUUUCACCUGCAAAUAUUUAUGUAGGCCCAGACGCAUUAAUUUAGCGAGAGCUCUGAAUCUGACCGAACGACAAAUUAAUAUUUGGUUCCAAAACAGGCGUAUGAAGUUCAAGAAGGAGCAGAAGAACAAGGGUGGCUCUCCUUCCACUAGUCAUCCCAAUUCUCCAGACUCGCAACAGAACCCAUCGACUAACCUUAGGACCAAAUGCAAUGGUACUAUGAAGAUGCCUCCAGUAUACUCAGAUUACGCCCAAAUUAAUCAACAUAUUCCUUAUUUGCCAAGACCGAAUCAAUACAUUGGCAGGGGAUACAAUAAUUGGGCCCCAGAUUGUUACCCGGAAGCCCCUAUAUAUCCCCAAAUGGGAAAUCCUCCAUACUACCCUGGAAGAAACUAUCAUGGAAGCUAUAUUCCGAACAAUUCCGCUCAAAAUAUUGCUCAUCUUCAGAAUGGAUCUAAGGUUCAUGUUAAAGAAAAAGAUAUUUCUUCCCAAUUGACAUCCCAGGAACAACAAAUUCUGAAUGCUGGUAAUAACAGCAAUUGGUUGGAUCAAAACUUGAACAUCUCAUACCCUAUACUCAGAGCUGUGACGAGCACUGAAAAAAAGUGCUUGAGCACUAAGCACUCGAAAAAAAAGGGCUUCGAGCACCAAGCACUAAGCACCGAUUUUCACAAAAGACUCGCGAUUACUAAGCACUUUGUAAAAGUAAUUCGAAAUUUCGAGCACUAAGCACUAAGCACUUUAGUAGGAACUGUUGAAAGUGAA